GGGUUGGGCUUUAAGGAUAAGGGCCAAUCAGGCAGCAGGGAGUCAGAAUCUAGUGAGCAGUCAGAUUUCAGCAUGUGGAAAACCAAAGUAUACUUUUGUGGCCGUUGGAAGGGCUGUAUCAUCUUGAAAGAUGAUGAAAAGCAAUGAUUUUGCAGAAAUAUUUUUAAGUGCUUUAUUUUCAUAAUAUUAAUUUGUUAUAUAUGACAGAUCAUAUAGUCAGGUAGUGUAAAUCUAAAGACUACCCUUUGGGGUUUGUUUUUAUGCAUAUUAAUGAAUAAUUUGUUAGAUAUCAUGUAUUAAUAAAUCAUAUAGUUAGUGUAAAAGUCAUGCAGGUGUAUUAUCUUACGGGUACAACAUAAAAAUAACUUUUCCCAUCGUUUUACUGUGUAUUUUAGUUUUUUGUUUUGUUUGUUUUGCUGCUUCCGUAUUUUAUUUCCGAGUUGAAUGCGUGACGUCGUAAAAAGAAGGAGUUUCCAUGUGCACUUGAAGGCAUUGGUAUAAUCUUUCACCAUUUGUAAACAAUCUUUGGCCGGGUAUGUUCCGUGACAGUCUACACCAGAAAUAGAAGACUAGUUUGUAGAUUUGGAGGACAUAAACAAAGUGGUCAGAGAAACACGGUACAUACUAGACUAGUGUGUCAUUACCGAACACUACUACGCAAAUACUACACAAGAGUUGCGUUUAAACCCUGCAAUUCAACACCAGCGAAGCAAUUCAAAAGCAUGAGAUCGCGACCCUCUGACCCCCCAAAAACAAACAAAAGACACUGUAACAAAGACAGACGCCUUUACAAUGUGCAAAACAACAGAGAGCCAACAGAAUGAGAUGAGAUACAACACGAUAAGCGUUAUUCUGCAACCAAACAGCUCCCUGUAUCACUAAAUCUACCUUCAUAUGAAUACAUGAAGCUUUGCAUACUACAAAGUGACCGCGUUGGAUCUGUAGGACUUUGGAUCGGCGGACUUUGAAGAGGUUUAUUUGAAGUAGACCAUGACUUUACUACCGAUGAUUGUACGGUGGGUUAAGAGAAGCGCUUCAUCAGUCUACUUUCACCGGUGCACAGCCAACAUGUCCACGAAUAACAGGAGACUGCGAGUCCUGGUGGACAUGGACGGUGUCAUCGCAGAUUUCGAGGGAGGGUUUUUAAAGAAAUACAAAGCAAGGUAUCCGAAUGAGCCGUAUAUAUCACUAGAGGACAGAAGAGGAUUCUGGGUGUCCACACAGUAUGGGGAUCUGAGAAGUGAUCUGUGUGAGAAGGCCAUCAGCAUUUGGGAGUCCAAAAACUUCUUCAUCGAGCUUGACCCUCUUCCUGGAGGAGUGGAGGCUGUGAAGGAGAUGUCCAAGAUGGAGAAUACAGAUAUCUUCAUUUGCACCAGUCCAAUAAAGCAUUACAGCUACUGCCCAUAUGAAAAGUAUGCAUGGAUAGAGAAACACCUUGGCCUUGAGUUUCUGGAGCAGAUCAUCCUGACCAGAGACAAGACCAUAGUGACCGGAGACAUCCUCAUAGAUGACAAACCUGAUAUACUGGGUGUGGAACCCAAGCCCUCCUGGGAGCACAUCCUAUUCACUGCCUGUCACAACAAGCACCUGCCACCAGACCCCUCCCAGCGAAGGCUUCUCUCCUGGGCAGAUGACUGGAGGGGUAUUUUGGCCAGUAAGCGCCAGUAAGACAACCUAAACAACCCAUCAUGCAGCUUGCACCCAAUGCUGACGUACAGUACACUUAACCAGCCAAAAGGGUCAACAAGCUGAUUGGUGCACAGAUGGGUCAAUGGUUUUAAAAGGUUAGCCCUCUCAUGUCCUGCACAUGCACGUUCUGUUAUUGCUUUCGCCGCUCUCAUGCGAUGUGAUGGAAGUGCGAAACUCACGCAUAUUAAUUAGGUUAUGCACAGUUAAAGAUUAUUUUAAAUUGUCUAUUUUGAUAAAUAGUCAUUCCAGAUGACAAAUUCAAGUGCUCAAAUAAUUAUUUCACAUAAUGUAUUUGGUAACUUCAGCUCUAAAUCUGCUACUGUCUGCCAUGAUAUAUUGUUAGCCUGUGGUAAAAUACAUCAAUUGGCUCCGCUUCUAAGAGCUGACUGUUUGCUCUAGUGUUCAAAUUAUUGUCAUUGAUGAAAAAGGUUGCGGGUUCGAUUCUGCGCUUUUGUAACUUUUUAUUUUAAUAAACCAAGUUUGCAUCCGCACAUCUAUGGAUAUACAUCUUGAUUGGGGACACAUAUGUUUACAUAUUUCUUUGCGAUUCAACUUGAACGGAGCGAGUGUGUGUCUGUGUACACGAAAGGACAUACAGCUGUCACUCAAUGUCCUUUUAACACACACAAACAAAAUAGAAACUCCUGCUCAAGAACUGGCAAUGUUCCCAAACCCCUCUGCACACGAUGGAGAAAGUACCAUCCAUCCAACCAUUAAUUUAAAGUUAUAUGUGCCUAAACAUCAAACAUUCUGUCAAAAUUUCUGUACCCUAGAAACAUUGGAUGCAAAUGAGGUUUCAAGAAGACAAAAAUAUUUAUUUUUUUUGUUAUGCAUGCCACCUGUGAUCAUUGCAAGACUCUUAAAAAUAAUUAUAACUGCAAGCAGCAAUUACAGGGCUAAGCACCAACUGAACAACCCAAAGCUCUCACAGAGCAAGUACAGAUCACAUUGCCUCUGGAUGAAUUUGAACCCACAACUUCCAGUUCCUUAGUUCAGUGUGCUAUCCAUUGCACCACACAACCACAACAUUGCUAGUCAACAAAGGGACAUACCAAGCUUAGAGGAAUCACAGCCAAGCACAGCUGUUACCAUGAUCAACUUUAUAUUAAUGUAACUUUUCAACAAAGAUGCAAAUCAACAUUUGAUUGGGGAAAAGCCCAGCCUCUAUUCAGUAAGCACAAAACAAAAAUCUACAGAACAGACAUUUCUAAUACAUGACUUACUGAGGUGGAGACUGAACCCAUGACUCUAGGAACUAAAGUCAAGAAUCUUACACACUGUGCCACUCAGCCAACAUAACUUAACCAUGGUAAAGAUACAUGCCGAUUUUAGAGUCAGCACACAAGUGUGGGUUAUUUUUUUUUUAACAAUAGGUGGCACUGUCUCCAAACAUUUAAGGUAUCAUCAGGACAUAAUCUUGAAAAUGCUUAACAAUUUUGUUUUACAUUCAGCAAUGCAUUCAAAAGAUAUAUAUUCAUUUUAAACAAAACAUACUGUAUAUAUCAGAAGAACAAUAAAAAAUAAUAAGAAUAAAACGAAUACCUGCAAGCAGAAAUAUCAGGGACAAGCCCUGAAACCAUUUAGUAAGCAAAAUACAAAACACUCCAGUACAAUGGAAAUCUGUUUAAUUGCCUUGUUUAGGUGUGGAUUCAAACCCAAGACAUUUUAAACCACAGUCCAGUGCAUUAACACACUGAGCCAUUCAGCUGACAUGUACGUUGCCUGGCAAAGAGACAUCACAAGGCUAGAGUAAUUCAAGUGUGAAUUAUCUUUUGAACUAUAGGUGGCGCUGUCUCAAACUGAUCAGGUAUCCUCAGGACAUGAUGUAGAUGAUGCAUUCCACUUUUCUUUUAAAUCUGACAAUAAAAUUAAAUUUAGUGAAUGGACAGUAUGGCUGAUAUGGGAAAAAUCCUCAUGGCCUAAGGAGUCCAGAUACACCAGCCUCAUGAUUUUAGGACACACGGUUCGAAAGUUAUGGGCAAAAAUAGCCAUUUUCACAUCUUUUGACCCAUAGAUGGGGCAGUCUCCAAACUGUGCAUGUAUCCUCAGAUCAUGGUCCUGAUGAAGCAUACCUUUGGUGCUUGGCCCCUAAUAUAAAUGUUUUUAUCAUCAUCUAGAAAAAAACGCUAUUUAAAAUGGGUAACAAAGACCAUAACAGUAAGUAAGACAUAGGCUACAACUUUAACAUUCUAACAUUAAUGCAACUGAACAGGAUUAACAUUACCAGUUGUACAAACAACACAACAAAAAGAACAGAAAUUGAUACAGUGCUACACAUACAAUUGCGUUCAUCAACUCACCACGACUUGAUAAUUUUAAGAGACUUAAAGUAUUGAAUUCUCUCCAUCAUUAAUAAGCUGAAAGGCGAGCAGCGAAAGUUUCAACAGGAAAGCGCAUGUGCGACAAUGUUGACAUGAGAGGGUUACCUUCUAGACACAACUGUGGAGAUUUAUAGUAAAAAAGGACUUAAAUAUUGAUCUGUUUCUCACCCACACCUAUCAUAUCACUUCAGAAGAUAUGAAUUUAACCACUGGAGUUAUAUGGUUUACUCUUUAUGCUGACUUUAUAUGAUUUUUGGAGCAUAAAAUGUCUGGUCACCAUUCACUUGCAUUGUAUGGACCUACAGAGCAGAGAUAUUUUCUAAAAAGCUUUGCUUGUUUACAGCAGAAGAAAGUCAUAGACAGGGUUAGUAAAUGAUGAGACAAUUUGCAUUUUUGGAUGAACUAUCCUUUUAACUGUAAGCUGAACAGCAUUAAAAUGAUAUUUCACCCAAAAAGGGAAAUGCUGUCAUCAUUUACUCACCCUCAUGUUGUUCCAAACCUUUACAACUUUCUUUCUUCAAUUGAACACAAAAGGAGAUGUUAGGCAGCAGAAAGACAGCAUUACUUACCAUUCACUUUCAUUGUAUGAAAAAAGAUGAUGCAAUGAAAGUGAGUCAUUCUGCCCAACAUCUCCUAUUAUGUUCCAUCAUAUUCAACAACAUGAGUAAAUUAUUACAACAUUUUCAUUUUUGGAUGAACUAUCCCCUUAAUGAAGCCCUCUUAUUCAGUAUUACUCUGCAUAGGUCCAUAAUAUUUUUAUAUUUUGCAUGAUUAUUAAUUACCCAGGCAUUAUUGAAAUAUUGAGUAGGGGGUAGAAACAGAUGCAGGAAAUAUUAUUGAUUUUUAAUUUAGAAUCCAAAGUGAAUGAUGCAAUCUUUCAUGCAAAACUUUUAAUAUCACUCUAAUGGCAUCUUUUUAUUGUUCAUUAUUCUUUCUACUGAGGGCUAAGACUUUUCUUAAAAUUUAUAGUUUACAUCAAGCAUAAACUGACUAAGUUUAAGGGGGAAAAGAGGAACAGUCUGCACGGAAGGGAGAAUAUUUAAAUAACAAAUUCUGUUUUCACUCCUGUCUAACCGCACAAACAUUAGCAUAAGCUGUUUUCAAACUCAUUAAGAUUUUCACUGGUUAUUCUCAUUGGAUUAUGUCAGCAUGAAUGCAUAUUUAUAUCAUUUUUAAUUCAGGGAGAACACAACACUCAGAACAAAGACAUGUUUAUUAUUAUAACCAACUUUUUGUGACUGUCACUAGUUGACUAGAUCAGACUGACCACUGCCAAACCACUGCAUGUUCAGUUAAUGUACUGUGACCACCUGCCUUAAAAGAAUAAUAGAGGGACUGAAGUGAUGUUUUCUUGGACAUGUAACACUCUUGACAUUAGAGGGUACUCUGAACACACAUAUUUAUUAGAACACCUCUAAUACUUGGAUGUUGCUUUUUUAAUGAGAGUCUCAUAACUUAUUAGUUUUGGAUCUUUAAAUGAACAUUUAUGCCAUGAGGGUUGGUGUUUUUGUGUAUAGCUUUGGUAAUGUGCUGAUGUAUAAUCAGGCAUCUAAAAUAAUAAAAUUAAUAAAACAGAGUGAGAGAUUAAAAAAUGUAUGUGCAAAAUUUAGUACUGUAAACAAAACAUUUUUAUCUCUCAUGCGCCAUUUUAAACUACUUACUGGUUGAAUGACAAAGGCUUUGCAUGACUUUGAAACAAGACAGGUUUAUCAUCUGUCUGUUAAAAUAAGCAAACAUAACAUAGUCUUAUAGUUUAAAUAUUUUGAAGGACUACAAGUACGUAGAUGAUAAAAGGAUGUUUAAAGUUCACUGAUGUGUUGAUAAUCAAAUACUCAUUACUCAUGUGUCGCUUCAGUGGGAACAUUAUGGUUUAGUCACAGCGAAAAUGGUAUUUGCAGGAUUUCAUCAUAAAUAUGACUCAAGUUAAUACGAGAUAAUGAUAUUGUCAGGUACAACGAAAUUAAUUUGUACAUGACUAGAAUGAAAUUCUGUGAAGUUUAGGAGAAAAAGAUGGUUUGUUUACUUUUUGUAGUCUGUUACCAUAAGUUAUGAACUACUUUUAGGAAAGUUAUAUGACAGAGACGUCAGGAAUUCUGAUGCAAUGUAACUAAUUCCAUAGCCGUACCUUAGGAUUUAACAAGCCUCUAUAUAAAAUGUGCAAAAUAUCUGUUAUACUUAAAUUAAAUAAAAAGUUCAUAAAUCAAAAAUACACACAACUAAAUUGCAUACUUAAGAAAAAACAGAUACUCUUCAGAAGUUUCUUUUGUCAACCAGUUUGAGAUGCAUUAUUAAACGAACCGCCUGUCGUGCCUUUGUAAGAUGAUGUUGCAUUAAGGAUUAAAGUUAAAGUAGUUCACAGGAUCGAUUAUAGCGUACUCUGUCCAACAGGAGAACAUCUCUUCCUGACGGCUAAACUAUUGAACAGGAGACAGCCUGAGAUAUAGCUGCAGUGCUUGAAUAAUAGUUGCAGUCUAUUGGUGCUAAAUUUACCUCACUCAGCAGAACAUUUAGCCGAGGCUAUUCCAGUGGCAUAGUGACACUUUGAAGUCUGCGCUUGCCUUUGUCUUUCAGGGAUAGUUCACCCAAAAAUGAAAGUUCUCUCAUCAUUUACUCACCCUCAUGCCAUCCCAGAUAUGUAUGACUCUCUUUCUUCUGCGGAACACACGCUAAGAUCUUUAGAAGAAUAUCUAAGCUCUGUAGGUCCAUACAGCUCAAGUGAAUCAUGGCCAUAACUUUGAAGUGUCAAAAAGCAUAUAAAGGCAGCGUAAAAGUAAUCCAUACAACUCUGGUGGUUUAAUCCAUGUCUUCUGAAGCGAUGCAGUCACUUUGGGUGAAAAACAAAUCGAUAUUUAUAUCCUUUUUGACUAAAAACGACACUUUUGAAUUAAUGUGAAUGUGAAUGUGAAAGUGGAUAUUUAUAGUAAAAAAGGACUUAAAUAUUGAUAUGUGUCUCACCCACACCUAUCAUAUACUGUAGCUUCUAAAGACAUAUAUUAAACCACUGGAGUCAUAUGGGUUACUUUUAUGCUACCUUUAUGUGCUUUUUGGAGCUUCAAAGUUCUGACCACCGUUCACUUGCAUUGUAUGGACCUGCAGAGCUGAGAUAUUCUUCUAAAAAUCUUUAUUUAAAAAUCUUUCAUUUUUGGGUGAACUAUCCCUUUAAUAGAUCUCCAAAUAGAUUAUUUUUGUUUUUGUUUUUGUUUUACUUUGUGCAAUGUCAUUUUGAAAUAGAUAUACAGAUGUUAGUUAUCAGGCAGUGUUUCAUUAGUAAAUAAUCAUUCAAAAGGGAGUUCUCUGUGAAGUUGUACCACAUUAACAUUAAUGAUAAACAAAAGUGGUGCUAGAAGCUCUUCACUGGAGUGAAGGGCCUGGAGUAUUCUGGAGCUCUUCGACAACAUGAAAGCACCUGAAAUGAGGGAAAAAAAUAGCCAUAAACAAAAGCUAUUGCCAAAGUUAUGCUCCUGGCAUACGUUGUGUUUUCAUUAUUAUUAACAGUAUUCUUUUAGUCUUUUUCUUUGAUAGAUAGAUUUGAUUUAGAUUGAAUUAGUGACUUUGUUUAGAUGAAUACCUUAUAUUACCGUUUUUUUUUUUUUUUUUUUUUUUUUUUACAGGUAGCAAAAGAUUUUAACCAUUUCAAAAUGAUGUUGGAGUGUUUUAAGUGAUUUUGUUUGUAUUGAAGGGCAAAAUAUUAAAACCUACAGAGAGAUGGAGAUUAAUUUAGAUUAAUUUAUGUAUAUACAUUUAAGACGAUUAUGUAAAUGGUCUUAGUGGUAUUGACAAGGAGACCAUUUUUUUUAAAAGUCUUUCUCCAUAACAUGCACAUGCAUGUAAGGUGCCCUGUAUAACACGUUUAUAUCACAGACCACAGCUGCUUUACCAUUGUCCUGUUUAAUAAUUUACUUGAAUCCUUUUCAGUCAAUUGUCACAUGGCGGUCUUGUUGAUUUAAUUGACGAAUGCAAUGACAUCAGUGUCCUGGGAGAGAGCUGCAAGUGUGCUCAAUUAUCUGUGUCAUGUUACUCAUCUUGUGAAUGACUGUUGUAUGAUCUUGGUGCUCUACAGUUGUAUGGAUGUCACAGUUUGUUUUGUUUGUUAAGGUUUAGUGGACUAAAUAUAAUCACAAAUGGUUUAAUAAAGAAUGGCACUUCAAACCAAGAACUUGUGUUCUUUGUUAGAAACAUCUAUUUUGGCUUAGAAAAUACAAUUUCCAAGCUAUUGGCAUCAGGGGGCGCUGUGUCCUCUUGCAGAUAAAACAUUUAAGUGAGGCAAUAUUUUGCCUUGUCAAAACACUUCCAGUCUUGGAUUGUGUCUGUAGACAAUUCAUAUACGCAGGCAUAACCUAGCUGACUUAGCUUGAAUAAAGCACAAUAACAGGGUUCCAGAAGUAAAAACCCUAUUCAUUAUCGUCAUAGCGGAAUAGAUGUUUAACAAUAACGUAUACACUUUUCAAGACAGACCUAAAAUGAAUUCAAAAUUGUUAAGCAAUGAUAAGUCAGUGUGACUUCAACUUCAUUUUUAAGAAAUCAUG